UUUACCACAACGUUUAAAAACCUCGCCUUAAACCCCACUGAACCGGACGGAAAAUUAAACAGGCCGUAGUGAUAAAACCCUGAAACCAAGAAGUUCGUGGUAAUUGGGACAACGGAGAUGAAGGAGGACGAGAAGAAAGAGUUGGUAACGCCCGGGGAAGUGUUGGGGACGGCGUCAGAGUUAAAAGCAGGGAAAGGUGCCUAUUUCUCAGCCAAUGAUAAAACCAUUUACGCCUCCCUCACUGGAUUUCGCUCUAUCAUCCCUGCUCCUAUUGACGCCACUGACCAGAGACCAACUGUGGAAGUUACUGGCCACAAAGCCCAUGGUGCUGUUCCUGAGCCUGGGUCUGUUGUCAUUGCUAGGAUAACAAAAGUGAUGGCUAGAAUGGCUUCAGCAGAUAUCAUGUGUGUUGGUCCCAAGUCCGUAAGAGAAAAAUUCACAGGCAUCAUCAGGCAGCAAGAUGUAAGAGCAACUGAGAUUGACAAGGUUGAAAUGCAUGCUUCUUUCCACCCGGGUGACAUUGUUAGAGCGCUGGUUCUGUCCCUAGGGGAUGCACGGGCAUAUUAUUUAUCUACUGCCAAAAAUGAACUUGGUGUUGUAUCUGCUGAAAGUUCAGCAGGUGGGGAAAUGGUUCCAAUUAGUUGGACGGAGAUGCAGUGCCCAUUGACUGGUCAAAUUGAGCAGAGAAAAGUCGCGAAGGUUGGAGCAUAACAUUGAACAGUGGCAAAAUCUCUGCACACCAGCUUCAAUGCCCUUCUAUUGUUGAAGAUGGAGGACAUCCUCCGAUUUCUGUGCUGUGGCUUUUCACCUGUAAUUUUUGCCUCGUACUAGUCCCGGUUUCUAUGUUGACUAUAUCCAUUUCUUGUAUGCUUAGUAGUAUCAAAAAGUUAAUUGUUCACGUUCUUUUGGUGCGCCAGUUGUUUUUGAAUAAUUUGCCCUUGAGCAUCUAUGAUAUGCCUCUGGUUUGGUGUAUUUACUAUUUUUUGAA